AGAUGAUUUGAAACAAAAUAUUGGUAUGAGAUUACAUUUUCCUUUUUUCAAACCUCUCCAAAACAGUCUUCAGAAAGAGAGGUGAAAUACAAAAGGAAAAUAUAAUAUAACAAAAUCUUAUUAGUUUCCGUUGCCUUUUUUAUCCUUCAAAUUUUGGCUUCAAAAAAUUCCCAAAAUUCACUCCUCACUCCACAAAUCCCAACAAUGUCUUCAGCUCAUUCUCGCUUCAAGUUCCGUGAACGCCGCUCCGUCACCGGGAUCACUCUUCCGCCCGAUUACGCCGCCCCAAGGAUCCUCCGCAUCUUCGUCACCGACUCCGACGCCACCGAUACUUCCAGUAGCGACGACGACGACAACGACGACGCCCACCUCCUCCGCCUCGUCCGUCGCCACAUCAACGAAAUCCGCUUCCACGAUUCGACGCACUCGAAACCCAACGAAAUUCCGCCGACCAAGAAAUUCCGCGGCGUCCGGCGGCGGCCCUGGGGGAAAUUCGCGGCGGAGAUUCGAGACCCGAUCAAACGCACUAGAAUCUGGCUAGGAACCUUUGAUUCGCCAGAAGAAGCCGCAAUCGUCUACGAUCAAGCAGCGAUUCGAUUCCGAGGUCCUGAUGCCUUAACGAACAUCGUAAAGCCGCCGCCGCGGAAUGUUCCGGCGGAGGAGAUUUGUGAUUCUUCAAUGGAAAUCACGGAGGACGGGGGAGGAAUGCGUUGCUCUCCAACUUCGGUUCUGAGAGACGAGUAUUGGAGGGCGACGGAAGUGUUGGGAGAUGAGAUGGAGUUAAUGGAUAAUUACUACCGGGCGCCGAGGAUAUUUGUGGAGGAAAGGAGCUUACCGGAGACGGCGAUGUUUUGUGGGGGUUUGUGGGAGGGUUCGGUGGAUUUGGACGGAAAUUUCGGGUCAUGUAAAUGGGAUGUGGGUACCUGUUUUGAGUAAGAGGAGGAUUCACCUUUUGCAUUCACUGAGUCACUACAAACAUCGACUCAACUAACUCCCAUGUGGGUUACCUCUUUACAUAUUCAAACUUCCUUCAUUCUUUUUUUAAAAUGGAGUUUCAAAUUUUUUAAUUUCUUCAGUCUUUGGCUGUUGUAUUUUAAAGUUUUUUUGGUUAUUUGAUAUCUAUGUACUAUACAUAUUUUAUUAGUGGUUAAUAUUCGACCAACUAGAGUUGGUUGAUAUGCAUUCUCAAAAUUCAAAUAAGACUCAAAUUUGUCGAA